GCUCAUUCGCUCUGAGCACAGUUGGCGCGUUUGAAAAGGUGUUUAGUCGGCUUUUCUUCCAAGCCUUCCUCGACUCCCGGAUGUUUUUAAAAUGUCUGGAUUUCAGGGUCUAUCAGUUUUUCCUGAGGAGGUCCAGCAGUAUUUAGUAAGUAAAGAAGAUGUUUCCCCUGAGCAGCAGAAGCAAAGCUCCAGUCUCAACCUGAAGAUUACUGAGCCUCCACACAUAAAAGAGGAGCCAGAGGAACCGUGGAGUAGUCAGGAGCGAGAGCAGCUUCAAGAGCCAGAGGAGGAUGAAAUCAUCAAGUUCACUUUUGUUCCUGAUGAUGUGAAGAGUGAAGAUGAAGAGAAACCUCUCUCAUCACAGCUUCAUCAAAUACAGACUGAAGAGAUGGAAACAGGAGCUGGUGAAGAGGACUGCGGUGGAGUAGAGGCAGCCAGAUACUUUGAUCCAGAUAGGGAUUUAAAACCAGAGACUGAGGUCAAGACUGAUGAACCCCCUGAUCCUGAGACUGAUUACAGCAAUGGCUGGAGGAAGUCAGCACAACAUCAGUUAGGUUUAGAGUCUGUGGGAAAUGUCACAAAGGAGAGAACAAAGACUGAUAAGAAAUUGUAUAUCUGCUCUGAGUGUGGCCGAAGAUUUACUCUAAAAGAAAGGUUGAAUUCACAUAUGAGAAUUCACAGAGAACCGAGACCCUUUGACUGCACUGAGUGUGGUGAGGCAUUUACCCAAAAAGACAAUUUGAUUGAACACAUUAAAAUUCAUACAGGAAAGACACAGUUCAGCUGCUUAGAGUGUGGCCAAAUAUUUAACUUAGUCUGUGCUCUGAAAGACCAUCUUGCAAUUCACAGAAAAGAGAAAGUCUUCAGCUGCCCUGAAUGCGGUAAAAUAUUUAAACAAAAAGUAUGUAUGACCAGACAUAUGAAAAUUCAUACAAGAGUGAAACUCUGUAGCUGCUCCAAGUGUGUUGAAACAUGUAAUCAACCAGUUUAUCUGAUACAACAAAUUAGAAUUGGCAUGAAUAAGAAUUCCUUCCGCUGCUCUGUGUGUGGUAAAAGAUUUCAGCUUAAAUAUAAUCUGACAGGUCCUACAGUCCGUCACACAGGAGAGAAACCCUUCAGCUGCUGUUACUGUGUGGAAAGAUUAAAAAUAAAUCCUCAUUGGGUUUUUGAAACUGCACAUAGUAUAUGUGCACAAUCCUUCAACUGCAGUGUUUGUGGCCAAACAUUUGCUUCACUUUAUAAAUUAAGAAUUCACAAGUGUGUUUGCAAUCAAGUUUCAGAGCCUCAUAAGAACAAAACUGAAGGGAAAAGAGAGGAAGCCAAAGUAGCUAAUGGAGAGCACUGUGGAGGAUCAGGAGCAGCCAGGAACUUGGGUCCAGAGAGACAUUUACAACCAGAGAUUGAUGUCAGCACUGACUUUUCUGAGCCUGAGACUGAAGACACUUAUUAUUGGCAGAGCACUGGAGAACAUCAGUACUGUUUACCAUCUGAAAAAUUGUGAAUUUCUCAUAGUCAGAUAAUGGAAUGGUUAUUCAUUCUCCGAAAGAUUCACUAAACCUCACACACACUGAAAAAGAUGUCCAGAUUAAAUAUCACAUCUUUAAAGUUUAUGAGUG